UACAUGUCGUUGCCCAGACUAGGAGAAAUUCCGUAAACUUACGUAUAUGUGGGUUUGGUUUUUUGCGGUGUGGCGGAGAGUAUACGGAGCCAUGAACCAAUCUUGGCGAAGCGGAGGAGGGAUUCCGCACAACACACGGUGAUGUCGGGCAAAGAGAAGUUCCACGGGCUAGGCAGAGGAGCUACAGCGGGACAGAAGCGGAACCAACAACUACAGUCGUGGGAGAAGAGCGCCACGAACAAAGAGCCGGCGCACGUCUCGUCGAGUAGGCUACAGCCUCGCGUGCGGUUCGCGGAAAGUGUGGUGUUUCUCGCGGCCUGUCAGAGCGGAGACGUGGAAGAGGUGGAGAGACUACUAUCAGAAGAGAAGGCAGAUAUCAACUCAGUGAACAAGGACGGACUGACGGCUCUUCAUCAGUGUUGUAUAGAUGACGAUUAUGAAACGGUACAGUUGCUUGUUGAGAAAGGGGCUAACCUUGAUUCCCACGACAACGAAGGGUGGACCCCAUUGCACGCUGCUGCAUCAUGUGGUCAUGAUCACAUCGUGAGCUUUCUCCUGGACAAUGGAGCGUUUCCUGCCCCAGUCAAUAACGAGGGAGAUACCCCUUGUGAUCUAGUAGAGGAUGAUGUCAUCAGAGACCUCAUUACAGACGUCAUUCAUAAACAAGGGGUGGAUGUUAGUGACGUGAAGACAGAGGAGGAGCGACUGAUGCUGGCUGAUGCUAACAGGCUCCAGAAUGAUCCUUCCCUCUCUCCUGUGCUCAGUCCUGGGGGAGCCACCGUUCUUCAUGUCGCUGCUGCCAAGAACUACCUGGAGGUUCUCGAGGUUCUGCUGAGUCAGCAGACGAUGGUCAACAACAUAGACAGUAGAGAUGAAGAUGGCUGGACUGCGCUACAUGCUGCGGUGUACUGGGAGAACAUGGAGGCUGCCGUCAUGCUGGUGAAGAAGGGAGCGUCCAUCAAUCUCGUCACUAAAACUGGAGACACAAUCGAUGACUUGUGCAGGCCUGAAUUUGAGGAUGAAUUGACUGAACUGAAGGAACUUGGCGAGAAAGCGACGAGAAACCGAUGUUAUGCUGUCAACCACCACAAGAGGCCGACUCUCCUCCACCAGUCCAGCAGAGAUGAGGUUAAUGGAGGAAAGCCUUCUCCAACUGGUCUCAGGAGGAGGACAUCAAGAGACAGGUCAAUGUUCCCAAAGAUUGACAUGGCAAGUGAGAAGGCUAUGAUUGAGAAAUGGACUCCUCCCGAGGUUGCUGAUGGGCACAGAGGACUGGAGGGAAGUCAAGAUAUUGAGGUGUUGGAAGAGAAAGCCAAGAACAGCAGUGAGAGCCACAGUCACUCUGAGAACAACGUGAAGGAGGUGGUGAACAGCAUGAAGGACAGAGAGAUGACUGAGAGUGGGACACUAGCUGCCCUUCCCAGCAGCAAACCUCCCCUUCCUCCUGGAUCCAGUCCACAGACCAGUCCCCAGGUGCAGCCGAAGGCAGAGUCCAGCAGCAACGAUGGACGACUCACAUCUCCCCAGGCUUCCCCGAAAACUGCGAUAAAGCGGAGGGCGAUGUCGGGGGAGAUGAUGAAGAGAGUGGGUCUGUGGGAACAGCAUUCUACCACCAAUCUGAACCCUCCGACCUUUGCAGCAAGCUCCUCCCCCUCAGGCUCCGCCUCCUCGUCUCCCCAGCACACUCCCCAGACCACACCCCCUGAGACAACCAAAAACCCUCACGACUCGCAGCCAAAACGGUUCCCCUUUGUUCAGAGAUCUGUCAGUUCCACAAAGGGUGAUGAACGGCUGAAAGUGACGGGUAACGUAGGAGGAAAAAGGAACUCGUAUGAUGAGACUAGACUUGCCUCCAGUCUGAGUCAGAAUGAGACCUCGUCCUCUGUUUCUAAGACCUCUUCUCUUCCUCGUAAUUCCCGAAUGGUGAUGGAGCCUCAGACCCUGCCUUCUGGAAACAUAGCUGACGGUGGAGAGGUCACCGUCACGACGACGGAAGCCAUGCCAACGCAGAGUGUCCCUACGGAAACUGGUGUUCCAAGGGGAGGGGAGGGUGCAAAGGUUGAGAGGGAGCUGUCGCGAGCAGAAAGUGUUGAGAGUUUUCGAUCGGACCGUUCCUUCACUGAGGAAUCUGAGACCAAGUGAGUCUCUCUCCAGCACCUGUGAUUGUCCUUUUAUUAGGACAUGUAUGUGAACUACUUCCAUACCGUGUACCAUGACGGCGUGUAUUAAGUGUAAACACAGUGACGCGUAUCUGCUUUGCUUGUGCCCAGCAAUUGAUCUUGGUCUCAUAAUUCAUGAUACGCCACUACAGUCGUAAGAGGAAAGCAAAGAAAUCUCGAGAGACGAGGAAGAAGACGCAGCCAGUGCCUGCUGAUCUGUUUCAGCAGCUGUCACAGAUGGAGGAGGGUGGGAGAGAGGGGGAGAAGGUGAAACAGGAGGUGGAGAGAGAGAGGAAGCAGUUUGUGGAACAGCUCACGUCUGCUGCUCAGGACAGCGCAACUCUCUCCUAUAUGCAGGCAUCCUCUGGCCCUGCCUCUGGCACUGGUCCUGCUAGUGAGGAGAAACAGAGUACAUACAGACCUGGUGCCCGACCUGCCGCUCGCGUCAGACAUGAAGCCACACCCACCCAACCUGAGACUGCCGUUGCUCCCGACAUCACCCAGCAACCCCAACCUCCUGCCGACAGAGACAUGGAGUUGAGGGACGGGGAGGAUGAGAGGAGAGGAAGAACAAAGUCGGCUGUUAGACGAAAACCUCGUGAGCAGAGGAAGCCAACUGGAAUCAUGCAGUUUGAUCCGGAGGAGAUGAAGAAUGCAUCAGAGGAGGUGAUGAAACUUUUCACCAAAUCAGGCUCAUCGUCUGCCUCCAGUCCGGAGGCCGCGUCAGGUGACGUUUCCAGUCUUACACAGGAACUGAGAGACCUGAAGCUCAACUACGGCAAAGCCAAUGAGGAGUUGGCUGGACUGAAGGGGAAGGUGUCUGAACUCGGUCGCCGGCUGGAGGAUGCGACGAGGGCUUACCAGCAGGAGAGAAGAGAGAAGGAGGAGAAGGAACAGAGGAUUAUUACAUUACAGUCAGAGGCGAAGCACCUGAAAGCGAAAUGAAACUUCAACACCACUGCAUCUGUUGUUGCUAUAGAGAUGGGACGAGUUGAAGGUGGAAAACCAGCGACUGAAAGACGAGAACAGUGCUCUAAUUAGAGUGAUUGGGAAACUAUCACGGGCCCCAGUGAGACCAUCUGCCAAUUGAUUCACAAUGUUAUCAUCAUCAUAAUAAUGCUGUAGUCACUAUUGGAAAUUCGAUGUUUAUCCACAUUAGCUCUUGACUAUUAUUAUUGAUCUUCAUGUUUU